AUGCAAGCAAACCUGCCCUUCCCACCUCUCCUUCUGGAAGCUUCUGGCUUAUGGAGACAACCUCCGCUCAAACCAGUGCUCGUUCAUGCGCAUCGCCACUAUGCGGCGCCGCGUCCACCAGGCGGCACACACCGCAUGAACAUGGCACCAGACAAAGAACCUGGCGCUGCUCUCAAAGAAUACGGUGUUGAUCUCACUGAACGUGCCCGUGAAGGCAAACUCGACCCGAUUAUUGGCAGACAUGCCGAAAUUUCACGAACCAUUCAAAUCCUCUCUCGCAGAACAAAAUCAUGUCCUGUUCUGUUGGGGAGCGCUGGUGUGGGCAAGACUGCUGCCGUAGAGGGACUUGCACAGCGGAUCGUGAAGCAGGAUGUACCGGAAUCCUUACGAAAUAAGCGUGUCAUUGCGCUGGAUCUUGGCUUGCUGAUGGCCGGUGCCAAGUUCCGUGGUGAUUUCGAGGAACGGCUCAAAGCGGUGCUCAAGGAUGUCGAAGAUGCACAGGGUGGUGUCAUUUUGUUUGUUGAUGAGAUGCACCUCUUGCUGGGUUUGGGCAAAGCAGAAGGCUCGAUCGAUGCCGGCAACCUCCUCAAACCAGCCUUGGCGCGUGGAGAACUCCAACUUGUGGGUGCGACGACUUUGGAUGAAUAUCGUAAGUAUAUCGAGAAAGACGCUGCUCUGGCACGACGCUUCCAGCCCGUUCAAUUGGAUGAACCUACUGUGGCGGAUACCAUCAGUAUUUUGCGUGGCCUCAAGGAGAAAUAUGAGAAUCAUCAUCGCGUGACCAUCACGGAUGCAGCACUGGUCGAGGCAGCUGUUGCGUCGAAUCGGUAUAUUACAGACAGACAACUUCCCGACAAGGCGCUCGAUUUGGUGGAUGAAGCCUGUGCUGCGUUACGACUCCAGCAAGAGAGUAAGCCAGAACAAAUUCAAGCACUCGAGCGACACAUCAUGACGCUGCAAAUUGAGCUUGGAUCACUGAAGAAGGAGACUGAUCAGAUGAGUGUCGAUCGUCGUGAAAAGCUUGAAGCGGAGUUGGCAGACAAGCAAGAGCAAGUCAACAAGCUCAAUACCGCUUGGGAGGAAGAACGACAGCGUCUUGAAGAUAAAGCACGUCUCAAGACGGAAUUGGAGCAAGCACGACUGGAGCUCGAACAAGCACAGCUCGCUGGUGACUUUGGCAAAGCUGGCGAAUUGCAAUUCUCUAUCAUUCCAAAGCUGCAAGGGUUGAUUGCUGAGCAGCAACAUGCUGGCGAGACGACCUUGUUGAACGAUCGUGUGGGUGCAGAUGAAAUUGCUCAGGUUGUCUCCAAGACAACAGGAAUUCCUGUCACUUCUCUUUUGCAAGGCGAACGGGAGAAACUACUACACAUGGAGGAAUCAAUUACACAACAUGUCAUUGGCCAAGAUCAUGCCAUCAAAUCCGUCUGCAAUGCCAUUCGCCUCUCUCGCGCCGGUCUUCAAGAUGCCAAUCGGCCCAUUGCCAGUUUCAUUUUUGCUGGUCAGAGUGGUACGGGCAAGACAGAAUUGUGCAAGACGGUGGCCAAGUUUCUGUUUGAUUCUGAGAAAUCGAUGGUACGGAUUGAUAUGUCAGAGUACAGUGAGAAGCACUCCGUCUCAAGGCUCAUUGGACCACCGCCUGGUUACGUUGGGUUUGAGGAAGCUGGCGAAUUGACUGAAGCGGUACGACGUAAACCGUACGCGGUCAUCUUGUUGGAUGAGAUUGAAAAGGCACAUGAGAGUGUGACGCUAUUGCUGUUGCAAGUACUGGACGAGGGGUUCUUGACAGAUACACAAGGACGCAAGGUGGACUUCCGCAAUACGCUGAUUGUCGCAACGACUAACCUCGGUGGCCAUCUCAUCCAGGAUGCAAGCUUGCAAGCUGAUGGCACACUGGAUGAAGCAACAAGAGACAAAGUACAAGCAGAGAUUCGCCACCACUUCCGACCAGAAUUUCUCAAUCGCUUGAAUGAGACUAUUGUCUUCAAUCCACUAUCACGCGAGGCGUUUGGCGAUAUCGUGGAGAUGCGGGUCAAGGAGAUCAAUGAGCGUGUGGCAGAUCGACGCAUGCACAUCAAUGUGUCUGAGGAUGCAAAGCGCUGGCUCGCAAAGGAGGGCUACAGCACAGUGUAUGGCGCACGUCCGCUCAAUCGGCUCAUUGAGCGAUCUAUUCUUGUGCCAAUGAGCGAGCAAUUGAUUCGUGGCGAGAUUCGCGAAGGUGACAGCGUGGUGGUGACGGUGGAUGAAGAACAGAAUACGCUCAAGGUGACGGCACUGCCUUCACAAUCAUGA